UGAAAUGGUGUGGAGAGGCGUUCCUUGAUUCAAUAACGUAACGGCUAAUAUUUGAGGCAGCGGCCCACAGCACAGCACAUUUCUCAUUUCUGUCUCAACGCUCGGAUCUUAUUUCCUUGCACUCCCGCGAAAGAUUAUGAUCUCAGCUAAUCAGUUGUAUUAGUUUCAUUUCAACUUAGCCUUUACAAAAACAGAACACAGCUCUAUUGGUCCAAAGUAGGUUUAUUUUCUCUCAGGACUGAUAAGCUGUAGCAGAAUUGGAUCUGCUGAGAAUCAAUGGGAAGUUCUUUUUAUUCAAAUCGUGUCGUUUUUCACUAUGACUGACUCCAAAUCUGCGCUUCGUAUUGACGUAUCUAAAGGUUGAUAGGAUCAAACACGCAAAUCAUAUAAUAUUUGAAAACGCAAGCUAAUCCAAACCUAUGGGAACGUCUGUUGAUGCUGCGAUAAAGGAGGAAAAUGGAAAUGUAGCUGAGAAGAAGCCUAUAGUUGUUUUUGUUUUGGGUGGCCCAGGAAGCGGAAAGGGUACCCAAUGUGCAAAUAUUGUACAGCACUUUGGUUAUACUCAUCUCAGUGCUGGAGAUCUUCUUCGAGCAGAAAUCAAAUCUGGCUCCGAAAAUGGAACCAUGAUUCAGGAAAUGAUUAAGGAGGGGAAGAUUGUGCCAUCAGAGGUAACAAUUAAGCUUCUUCAAAAAGCAAUGCAGGAAAGUGGCAAUGACAAAUUUCUGAUUGAUGGUUUUCCUCGUAAUGAGGAAAACCGUGCAGCAUUUGAAUCUAUUACCAAAAUUGAGCCAGAAUUUGUCUUAUUCUUUGAUUGUUCUGAAGAAGAGAUGGAGAGACGCCUUUUGAAUAGGAAUCAGGGAAGAGUAGAUGAUAACAUUGAGACAAUAAGGAAGCGGUUCAAAGUUUUUUUAGAGUCUAGUAUUCCGGUGGUUGAGUACUAUGACUCCAAGGGAAAGGUUCGGAAGAUUGAUGCUGCUAAAUCAGUUGAAGAGGUUUUUGAGGCUGUUAAAGCAAUUUUUACCCAAAAAUAUGAGAAGGUAAAGAGACAUAGAUGUUCUAUCUUGUAGGCUUUCCAUGAUGAGUGGAAAGCAAAAUCUGGAAAAGGAAUUCAUCAUUAUUUUGUAAAUAUAAUAAGGGAAAUAUGAAUUAGAUGGAGUCAUUAAUCUAUUGGACUUGAAUGAGGCACCUCAUAACUGACUAGCUUGACCAAUUUUCCUUUUGCUUUUGUGAAUUUGGUUAUGCUAGUAAAUGAUUACUAUGAGUUUUUUA